AUGGCAGGAGAGCCUACGAGACGCAACCAGAAUCUUUAUUGCCACUAUCAUGAGGAUCAUGGACACACAACUGAGAAUUGUAGGAAUUUAUGGGACCAUUUGGACCAGCUAGUUCGAGAAGGGAAGUUAAAGCAACUCUUGCAUCAUUCCAGUGAUCAGGUAAAUGCUUCUUCUAGACUCCCCCUUGGCACGAUAAAUGUUAUUUUUGCUACCCCGGGAAGGACUGGAUCUUGUCCUUCCAAGGUAAUGUUGGUAUCCCGAUCUUUAGCCGAGGAGUAUAGCUCAAUGCCUAAGAAAGCUAGGAUGGGCAUCCCGUUGGUUUUGGGUUUUUCGGAUGAGGACAAAGUUGGAACCAUACAGCCCUACGAUGAUGCUCUUAUGGUCACGUUGAGAAUUGGAGAAUACGAUGUGAAGAGGGUGAUGAUUGAUCAAGGCAGUGCUGUUGAUGUAAUGUACCCUGACUUGUAUAAGGGGCUAAAUUUGAAGUCUGAGAACUUGGUAGCCUACAAUUCCCCUUUGGUGAGUUUUGAGGGAAGAAUGGUCAUCCCAAAGGGUCAGAUCAGAUUACCCAUGCAGACCGGUACGAAUGUGGUGGAGGUGGACUUCAUCGUCAUGGACGUUUUCUCUCCGUACACGGCCAUUAUGGGCAGACCUUGGCUUCAUACACUAGGGGCUGUUUCCUCUACUCUACACCAAAAGGUGAAAUACCCAUCCAGAGGUUAG